AUGCUUCACCCCUAUCCAGCGAAUCCCACCCCAUACUUCCUUCCUAAACCUACAUCAAACACCAGCAAGCCUCUCAAAGCCUCUACCUCCACCUCUACUACUUCUACUAUUACUGCUACCCUAACAAUCUAUCUCCUAACAACCUGCCUAAUCCUCCCAAUCUUCCGCCGCUACCACGCCCGCUACUCCCAAUACCUCCCCUUGCACAACAUAUCAGCGCACACCCUCUCCCUCCGCGACCGAAUAGCAGACGCGCUAAUGCGCUUCUUCCUCCGCUCGCGCGGGGCGCACGCGCACAUGGGCGAUCACGAAGAUGACAAUAUUAGUAUUGAUGAUGAGGAGGGGGAGAUUCUCGUUCGGAUGGAGAUGGAUGCUGCUAGGAGGGAGGUGUUGGAGAGGAGGGGGGGCAAUGGGGGGUCUGAGGGGGAGACUGAGUCGGGAGUUGGAGGUUGGGUUUAUGGAUGA